AUUAAGCUGUAAAAAUAGUUUGAAAAAGGUAAUAAAAAUGGCGAAUACAGCUCAUUUGAUGAGGCGGCAGAGCUCGAGGGAUCUGUAUGCCCAGCGUUCUAUUGACCGCAUGGAGAUGAAGGAGCUCCGAGGGCGCCUGGUCACAAUGGAAAACGGUCAUCCCUCCCACCGUACGCACGUAAUGUACGGCGCGACCAAUGAGGCGUUCGAAGACACUAGCCCAAACAGGCGGUCUUCCGAGACACCAACAAGUAAAGCGAGUUCCGUCGAAGACAGAGGAAUCGCGAAGCCGGAAGGUGGGGAGCUGGAGAGGGAGUCCUGGGACAGCAAGUUGACAUUUUUACUUGCCACUGUGGGGUAUGCAGUGGGAUUGGGAAACGUGUGGAGGUUUCCUUACCUGGCACAAAAGAAUGGCGGGGGCGCUUUUCUGAUACCGUACUUCGUGAUGUUGGCUAUAGAGGGGAUACCGAUAUUUUAUUUGGAGUUGGCGAUCGGGCAGCGGUUGAGGAAGGGCGCCAUUGGCGUCUGGCACCAGGUGUCGCCUUACUUGGGCGGGAUCGGGAUCAGCUCGGCGGUCGUAUCGUUUAACGUGGCGUUGUACUACAACUCCAUCAUUGCGUGGUGUCUCUUCUACUUCGCGCAGAGUUUUCAAGCCGAGCUGCCGUGGUCUGAGUGCCCGAGGAAGUACUUCGCCAACGGGUCUUACAUCACCGAGCCGGAAUGUGCGGUUAGCAGUCCAACGCAAUACUUCUGGUACAGAACAACCCUCCAGAUAUCAGAAGACAUCAACCACCCAGAGGGUUUCAACUACAAAAUCGCGUUGGCGCUCGUCAUCGCCUGGAUCCUCGUCUACAUGUGCAUGAUUAAGGGAAUCGCCUCUUCCGGGAAGGUUGUCUACGUCACCGCUACUUUCCCCUACAUCGUCCUCGUUAUCUUCUUCUUCAGAGGCAUAACCCUGAAAGGAAUGGGCGACGGUCUCAUACACCUCUUCACGCCCAAAUGGCACACAAUUUUAGACCCUGUCGUGUGGCUAGAAGCGGGCACACAAAUCUUCUUUUCCCUCGGCCUCGCUUUCGGGGGUUUAAUUGCCUUCUCGUCCUACAAUCCUGUUGACAAUAACUGCUAUAGAGACGCAAUUAUGGUAUCAAUGACAAAUUGCCUGACAUCUAUGUUCGCCGGCAUUGUGGUGUUCUCGAUUAUUGGUUUUAAAGCUACUAUGGUUUACGAGAAAUGUUUGGAUGUGAGAAAUGAGACGCUACUAGAGUUGUUUGGGCCGGCUUACAAAUCGAUGCAGUUUCCAGAACCAGGGGCGAUGGUGGAUGUCAAUUUAAACGGGAAUUUGACUAGGUUAAUGAUGCCACAGUUGCCUGAAUGUGACCUGCAGAAGGAAUUGGAUAAUACGGCGUCUGGCACUGGGUUGGCAUUUAUAAUAUUCACGGAGGCAAUAAACCAGUUCCCAGGCGCUCAAUUCUGGUCCGUCCUCUUUUUUCUCAUGCUGUUCACAUUAGGCAUUGAUUCCCAGUUUGGGACUUUAGAAGGCGUCGUAACUUCUAUCGUGGAUAUGAAGCUUUUCCCGAACUUGAGAAAGGAGUAUUUGACCGGUGGCCUGUGCUUGAGCUGCUGUCUCCUGUCCAUGGGAUUCGCCCAUGGUGCCGGCAGCUACAUAUUCCUGCUCUUCGACAUGUACAGUGGCAACUUCCCGUUGCUGAUCAUCGCCUUUUUCGAGUGCAUCGGUAUCGCGUACGUCUAUGGUGUCAAAAGGUUCGCGGACGACAUUGAACUGAUGACGGGUACCCGCCCAGGGAUCUACUGGCUGAUCUGCUGGAAGUACCUAUCUCCUCUGGCGAUGCUGUCCAUCCUUGUGUCCUCGUUCGCUGAGCUAGCGAUGGAAGGUUCUGGGUACGACGCGUGGAUGCGCUCAGAGGGGGACACGGUGAAGAAACCUUGGCCAAUAUGGGCCAUCAUCAUGGUCGUGUUUCUGGUUCUGGCAUCUGUACUUUGGAUACCCGUGGUGGCUAUAUGCAGGUACUUCAGCCUGCCCAUAGUCGACGACGAGGAGCGCGCGUGGUUCCCCGCCGAGGAGCUGCGCGACUUCCACGGCAUCGAACCGCGCCCCGUGUCCGCCACAGAGACCUUGCUGUUCUGCACCAGACCAGAUGGUAGCGAGCGCUGCUGCUGGCCCGGCUGCUGCGACACCGACGACGAUGAGUAGACUUCAGCUAUGAGUAGUUCGACUCUUAGACAUCUCUAACCAACUUCCAAGAAAACUGAUGUUAUAGCCAUGGACUUAGCUUUCACUUACCAACGUUCACCCGCCUGGUUCUUCUCUGGAGCUCUAUUUUUGAAUCACUCGUCUGACAUAGUAUCGUCGAAUGCGACAUAAGUCACCUUCGACUUUCAAGUCGCAUGAUACUGAUUUUCCGUAUUUUUGAAUCGUUCGUCACCGUUAUUACUAGUUUAAUACGAAAUAUAAAAUUUUACUCAUUUCACGUACAAAAAAUAAAAACUGGUAAUUACCACAAUGAAAUCUGAACGAAAAAUUACUACAGUACAUGACUGUAGCAUACAGUUGUAUUUUGUCGUUUAUUAUGCCGGCACUUUACUUAGCUGUUCGUGAUUGCCGUUUGUAAACUUGACAUGCAUUAGUCGUCAUGACUUAUUAAAAGAAGAAGAAACUUGACAUCAGUCUGCCCUUGUCGUUUUAUAUAAAGCAUGACAAGGAUAGAUUGUCGUCAUCUAAUAGCACAAAAAAAAUGACAAUUAUUCUAUCAUUAGCCUCCAUCAUUCGCCAUGCAACGACUGGUCUCACCCAUUCUUUGCACUCGAGCGAUUCAAAAAUACGGAAUUAAUUAUGUCGAAUGAAAUUUAGUAGAAAUCAAGCGU